UUUUGAACGGGCUCUAAAGCAGCGGUGUAACCGAUCCCAGCUGCUACUGUGUGGGGAAUUGAGAGCUAUUCCCGUCCCCCGUAUGUUGAUCACGUGUCCUUAGGGGACGUUUGCUUUGGGGAUCACUUUGGGAGGUAAACGCAGCGCACCGGUGCGCGUAGCCAAUUUGGAGAGAAACAUCCUUAAUAAUAAUCGUAAUGAUCCACCGGAGGAUCAACCGGAUCACUUUUGUUUCGGGGCGUUGUCAUACACCCUGUACGGUGGCUUGUUUUACACAGAUCAGUAAGGGACUGGCACUCUUUGUGUGCUCCGUGACUCACUGACUUGUCAAAACUUCUGCGCUUACGAGCCGCGAUCUUUACUGCGAGCAUCACAUUGUUGCCAUCUCCUGCAACGAGUCGACGUACGGAGCUGUCACUGCGAGCCGAGGUAAUUGGCCAGCUUCCGUGGGAUUUGAUGUCACCUUUAGAUUGGUUCAACUGAAGAUGGAAACACUGGAGUCUGAGCUGACCUGCCCGAUCUGCCUGGAGUUGUUUGAAGAUCCUCUGCUCUUGCCGUGUGCCCACAGUCUGUGCUUUAACUGUGCUCACCGCAUCCUGGUGUCUCACUGCUCCACCAGCAAGCCCCUCGAAUCCAUUUCUGCCUUUCAGUGUCCCACCUGUCGUUACGUCAUCACGCUGAAUCACCGCGGCCUGGAGGGCCUUAAGCGCAAUGUGACGUUGCAGAACAUCAUUGACCGCUUUCAAAAGGCCUCCCUUAGCGGCCCCAAUUCUCCCACGGAGAGCCGUCGCCUGCAGCCGCAGCGACCCUACACCGCCACCAUUAGCGGUACAAUAGCUGGAACGAUUGGCGGCGGCGGUGGCACAAGUGGAGGCAGCGCUCGUAGCAGCCCGGCCACUUCCAGCCACUCCCACCAGCACGCCAACCACACCAAUCACAUCAACCACACCAACGCUAACCACAGCCCAGCUGUCGUUGCUAAAAUGGAUCCACGGAUCAGCUGCCAGUUCUGUGAGCAGGAUCCGCCACGCGAGGCCGUCAAGACUUGCGUCACGUGUGAGGUAUCGUACUGUGACCGCUGCUUGCGUGCGACACACCCCAACAAGAAGCCCUUCACCAGCCACCGCUUGGUGGAGCCAGUGCCAGACACCCACAUCCGUGGCUUGACCUGCCUGGAGCAUGAGAACGAGAAGGUCAACAUGUACUGCUUGGUGGAUGACCAGCUCAUUUGUGCCCUCUGCAAGCUCGUGGGACGCCACAGAGAGCAUCAGGUGUCCUCCCUCACUGAACGUUUUGACAAGCUCAAGGCUUAUCAGGUGAGCCCGGGCAGAGUGUCAGAUGCAGUAAUGGAGGCUUCAAAGACAAGCGCUGCGCAAACUCUGGAGAACAACCUAACCAACUUGGUGAAGAGGAACAGUGAGCUGGAGAACCAAAUGGCCAAGCUCAUUCAAAUCUGUCAACAGGUUGAGGUGAACACAGCCAUGCAUGAAGCUAAGCUGGUAGAGGAGUGUGAUGAGCUGGUGGAGAUCAUCCGCCAGAGAAAACAGGUCAUCGCCGUGAAGAUCAAAGAAUCCAAGGUGAUGAAACUGCGCAAGUUGGCUCAGCAGAUUGCAAAUUGUCGCCAGUGUUUGGAGCGCUCCAGUGCCCUGAUCACACAGGCUGAGCAGAGCUUGAAGGAGAACGACCACGCCCGCUUCCUUCAGACUGCCAGAAAUGUCGCCGAAAGGGUUGCAAUGGCCACGGCUUCCUCGCAGGUGCUCAUCCCAGAUGUCAACUUGAACGAGGCGUUUGACAACUUUGCUCUUGACUUCUCCCGAGAGAAGAAGAUUCUGGAAGGACUAGAUUACCUAACAGCUCCCAACCCUCCAUCUAUAAGAGACGAGCUGUGCACCGCCUCCCACGACACCAUCACUGUUCACUGGACGUCUGAGGACGAGUUCAGCGUCACCUCCUAUGAGCUGCAGUACACGAUCUACACGGGCCAAACAAACUUCAUCAGCUUGUACAACUCCGCAGACAGCUGGAUGAUCGUACCUAACAUCAAGCAGAACCACUACACGGUGCACGGCUUGCAGAGUGGCACCCGUUAUAUCUUCUUCGUCAAGGCUAUCAACCAAGCAGGAAGUCGCAACAGUGAGCCAGCCCGCCUCAAAACCAACAGUCAACCUUUCAAGUUGGACCCAAAAACAGCCCACAAGAAGUUACGUCUGUCCAACGACUGCCUGACCAUGGAGAAGGACGAGAGCUCGCUGAAGAAGAGCCACACCCCGGAGCGCUUCAGCGGAACAGGCUCCUAUGGAGCUGCUGGUAAUGUCUUUAUUGACAGCGGGUGUCACUACUGGGAGGUGCUACUCGGAGCAUCCACAUGGUAUGCCAUCGGCGUGGCUUACAAAUCAGCCCCGAAAAACGAAUGGAGCGGCAAAAACUCAUCCUCGUGGGUGUUCUCACGUUGCAACAACAACUUUAUGGUGCGGCACGAUGGUAAGGAGAUGCUGGUGGAGGCGAGUCUGCAGCUGAGGCGGCUGGGUGUCCUGCUGGACUACGACAACAAUUCGCUGUCCUUUUACGAUGCCAUGAAUUCCCAGCAUAUCCACACCUUUGAAAUCUCCUUCCUCCUACCUGUUGUGCCCACUUUCAUGAUCUGGAACAAGUCAGUCAUGAUACUCUCAGGGCUACCCGUCCCCGAUUUUGUCGAUGGCGUGGCCUCGGAUCUUCAAGAGCACCAACAGCAGCAAAUGGGGAUGUGCCGGCAAGACUCGCCAUACUUGACCGGGAUGAAGACCUGCCACUGAGUGGUCGUGUGACUGUAAAUGCGAUUAAAACACUGACACGGUGGCUCAUGUUAGCUAGUUACGUUCAUAUGGGUUUAAAAAGUUGCAAAUAUGCACAGCAGUCUGGAAAAAUGUCAGUCCGGUUAGUUUGUAGCCAUCCAAUAUUUUGCAAAUCCAUCAUCAACGAAUGGGAAUGAGGUCUUUCGACUGCAGCCAUCAGCAUACGUAAAGUCCAUCCGAUGCCCUGCAGUCACUGACAGAGAAAGCUUUGGUGUCCUGUAUUUUCAGGACCAUUUAAGGUCUUCCUUCUUUCAUCUGUGUUUCACCCCAGGCAGAAGACCAAAGUGAGAAUCUUCAUGUCAGCCAUUUAAAGUUUGAAGGUGCAGCACAUGAACAGUGAAACUACUUAACCUGUGGUAGAUUAUGAGAAAGACAGAAAAGGAAAAAUAUACAGAGAAAAAUGAAUAAAAAACCGAUUGAUGCUUUGACCACAGCAGUGGAAAGUGCCAUCCACCGAUCCAUAAUAGUUAUCAAACAGGUGGAUGGAAAGGCCGUAGCAGAUGCUUAGAAUCACAAUUUUUAGCUGCAUCGAACCAGUAAGUGAGCCUCCUCAUUCCCUGAGUAUCAGGGGCACUGUUGUUCCCAAAAAAGCCGAUCUUUUAAUGUCUUGAUUAUAAAUUACCCUUCUCUCUAAGGGGACAAGUAAACACAAACCUACCAG